AUGAAUCCAUAUGGUAAUUUCACUGGCAAGUCUUGGUCAGGACUCGGGAGCAACAAGCUUCUCGUGAUAUUUUGCAACCUUGGCCAACGCCACUUCCAAUUCCAAUUCCAUGGCACCAUCCGCGUCCUCAGCCUCAAGCAAAACCGCUUCACCGGUCCAAUUCCGGACCUCUCCAACCUCACUGCCUUAGAACUCCUCUUCCUCUCUGAAAACCGCUUCUCCGGUGAGUUUCCGGCGUCACUAAUUUCACUCUCCAACCUCUACCGCCUCGAUCUCUCCCGCAACAGAUUCUCCGGCGAAAUCCCCCUCUCCGUCAACCACCUCACGCAUUUGCUCACCCUCCGCCUCGAGGAGAACUCCUUCUCCGGCGCAAUUCCCGAUUUACACUUGCCGAAUUUGCAGGAAUUCAACGUGUCGGGGAAUAAGUUCCCGGAGCUAUACCAAGCUCGUUUUCUAAAUUCCCUGUGUCGUCGUUUUGGGGGAAUCCGGCAUUAUGCGGGACGCCGUUGGAGAAAUGUGGUGAAAUUGCGUCGCUGGUGA